CUCGAACAUGAUGAUAUCGAUAUCUGUUGAUUCACAUCAACCAAACAUCAGAACUUCAACGUCAUUGACCAUGCAUUUCACGACCCUCCUCAGCGCCAUCGCGCUCGCCUCAACAGUAACAUCCCAACCAACAGCGCGUCAAGCGCCCACAGCCAACGCGGUAAUCAUGAUCGUCAACUCGGCCGACAACAGCCGUCAACCCGUCAGAAUUCCCCUCGCGCAACUCACCACUCUCAACUACCAAGUCACCGAGCUGCGUCUCGAGAGUCUCAACGUCAACAUCCCCGAUAUUGAAUCACCCGAACUCAGCGAUGUUUUCUGUCAGCGGUACAAAGAUAGAUAUGGUGUUCAGCUUGGCAGCGUUGAGUUUAGUCAUGAGAAGCCGGCGCUGAUAAGUACCAACCCUGUUGAGUUUGGGUGGGUUUUGUGUUACCAUAAGAAUAGGGCUUGAUGUAGACGGAGGAGGAGGGAUAGUAUAUUGGGUUUUGGUAGAGGAGGAACUUGGAGAAAUUGAAUACACUUACAUAGCCAUUAAUCGCAAGAUUACCUAUGCACCGUCAUUCUUGUUCCUAGCCUGUCACGCAGAUGCUAAGACGGCAUUAUUAAUGCCGUACGGCUUAGUAGGUCUUUCCGAU